AGUAAAAUGUUUCCAUAAGGUAUAAAGAAAUAGUUGAAUUUGUGAUAUAAUCCAUUGAGUGCUUCAAUAUUUUUAUAAGUAAUAAGGCCAUUAUGAGGCCUAAAACUUGAAACUUCUAGGUCUUUGAUUUACAGAAGAAAAAUUGAGUUAUCUGAUGAAAAUAAAUUGUUAAAUUUACAUCAUUAGAGUUACGGUGCUUAAGUAAGUUCACAAUUAUUGUACUUGAAAAGGUCAUCCAAGAGUUUGUUUUUCUAGUGUUGCACUUGAAGAUGCGAAUGGCUCAUGGCUUAUGGGGAAUUUUCAAUGAGGGCUCUUCUUAAGGAAGGGUUUAUGCAGGUACUGAGAUGUAUAAGCGGUUGUUGCAAAAUGGAUGUCUGUCACAUGUGAAAGCCAUCACACCAGCUAAAUUGUACAAAUUCUUGGUCUUUAUUUUUUUCUGAGAAUUGAGCAACAUCACUCAUUACAACAAGAUAAUAAGUUAAGUAACUAACUAGCCAUCCAACUCCAUGGAGCAAAGUCUAUAAAAAGCUAAUAAUAUGUUCAGCUAAUCAAGAAAUUCCUUGCAUUUUAUGAACUGAACUGAAAGGAUCAUUACCAUGUCCACACACAGCUGAAAGUGAUUUUAACAAGUUAUUAAAAAAUUUUACUAUAACCCACUUUAAGUUUUUGGUGCCAUGAUGACAUCCCUUAUGAAAUCACAAGAUGGAAAUUAUAUUGAGGUAUCUAAGUAUAGUUAAUUGUAUACUCAUUUAUAAGGAAGAAAACACGCUCACACACACACAACUGUUUAUAGGCACAUAUACAUACACUUACCAAGGCUUCUAUUGUAUCUGUAUUCAUUUUGGCAUUUAUGCAUUCAUUCUUCCAUCCACCCAUGUAAUUUUAAUAAUUUUAUGUAUGAAGAUGUGGAUUUUGUGCUAAGGAGACUGGCUUAUGAAUGAAAUUGGUUACUUUUCAAAAACUGUUCUUUGUGACCUAUUUCAGCCAAAUUGUGGGACUGUCUGCCCUUAACGAUGCCAUCAGGAAGCUUGAAAGUGAACUUGAAAGUCGGGUGGAAGCAGAGAAAGGCUCAGAAAAAGAGUCUGAUGUUCCUGGGAGGCGUUAUCCUAAGCGAUCAUUAGCUCGAAAGAAUUACAUGGAGGGAAAUGUACUAGAUGAUGAUGAGUACAUAUUUUGUGAUGACUGUAACCAGGAGUGGGCGGGUGAUUGUCUUGUUCAUGGGGCUCUCACUGUUGUUGAAGAUCUUAAGGUUCCAGCACACCCUGGAGAUCCAACUCGAGCUGACAGAACAGUACCCUUUCAGUUGUGCAUAGCUCAGUCUGGCAUCAGUGUUGCAGGCUCUGGUGUGUGGACAAGGGUACCUCUACGAAAGGGGUUGAGAUUUGGUCCAUAUGAAGGUGCAAAAGCAGAAAGAUCAAACAGGAAUGGCUACUGCUGGCAGAUUCAUCACAACAGUCGGCCAUUAUAUUGUGUGGAUGCCAAGGAUUGUGGUAUUGCCAAUUGGAUGCGCUAUGUCAAUUGUGCUCGCCAUAAAGAAGAGCUAAAUUUAAAGGCAUUUCAAUAUAAAGAUGAAAUUUACUAUCGAACAUUCCAGCACAUACCUGCGCAUGUUGAGCUGCUUGUGUGGUAUGGUGAUGAGUAUGGUCGAGAACUGAGUAUUGAUGUUAAGAAUUUUCACAAAACUCAACAAAAACAGUGCCAUAAUGUGUUCCGAUGUGUUGGAUGUGGUACUACAUAUUCAAGCCCAUUGUAUUUGGAGAAUCAUAAGAGUUAUUGUCGUGGACUAAAGGGUAUGAGGUUAACGCAAAGUGGAAGAGAGGUUGGUGUUAAACGCAGUCAAAGCAACAGUAUUCAUAGUAAGCUACAAUGUGGUCAAAAACAGUACCAGUGUAGUGGUCAUGACAGUGAUCGACCGACCAGCCUGAGCUAUGUUAAACCAGUGAAUUUAAGCAUUGAAGGUGAUAUGUGUGACAAGGUCUCCUGUACAAAUUCUGGUUACUCCAAAUAUAUUAGAAACAAUUUAUAUCAGUGUCCUGCUUGUGGUCAGAAUUUAGCAUUUCAAAGCAGUCUUAUAGCACACAUUAUGAAACAUGAGAGAGAGAAAUCACAUGAAUGUGAAAAUUGUGGUUGUAAAUUAGGUGGAAGACGUAAUCUGUACGCACACAUGAAUGUCAAACCUUAUGAAUGUGAGGAGUGUGGUCACAUUUUAGUUCAAAGAUCUGAUUUAAAUACACAUAUGAGAGGUCACACGGGAGAGAAGCCGUUUGGAUGUGAGGAGUGUAGUCACAAGAUUGCUCAUAGAUCUAAUUUAAAUAAACAUGAGAAGUCACAUGGGAGAGAAGCCAUUUAAAUGUGAGGAGUGUGGUCACAAGUUUACUAAAAAAUCUAUUUUAAAUACACAUAUGACAAUCCACACUUGAGGGAAGCCAUAUGAAUGUGAGGAGUGUGGUUACAAGUUUUUAUAACGUGGGAUUUGAAAUUCUGCAGGAGAUCUCACAAGGGAGAGAAGCCGUAUGAAUGUGAGGAGUGUGGUUACAAGUUUGCUCAAUGAUAUAUGAAUAGAAGAAUAGUUACCACAGAUAUCUGUUAUGAUUACACAGCAUUAUAAUGCUUAUUGGAGAAAAGAUUGUAUAAGAAGCAUUAUAACAAGUGUUUACAUAUUGAAUCGAAUAUGACAGAAAAGAAAUCACACCAAGAAUGAAGUUAAUGACUAUCACAAAGCAACAUCCACUUGGAACAAUAUUAGUGCUGCAUAAUAUGAAGAAUGUUUAAGAGUUAUUGGUUAUUGGUUGUAUAUUGAUGUUAUUGUUUGUACAAUUCCUUCUCAUUAUUGUUUACUCAUCACUGAAAAUCUUUGAAAUUUAGAAAUUUAUUUAUUACUUCAAAU